UUCCUUUUCCUUUUGCUUGCACUAUCCUCCUCUUGCUUGCUUGCUAGCUUUAUAUUCCUCAGCAUUGUUUUAUCUCCUGAAUUUUCAUACCCCAUCUGUCAAAAUCCGAACUUUUUCAUAUAUAGAAGUAAUCAGUCUCUCAUCGUUUUCUAUGCGUUGUAAGAUUGGUUUAUUUGGCUAAUUAGCUGUCGGCGGAAAUGGUGAUAAAGGGGAACGAGUGGGAGGGUAAGACGGGUACAGAGCAAAAGUAGCGCACUGUGAUAUCUGGAGAGGAAAGAGAGAAAAAUGGUGGGGGACCGAGGAGGAUUGUGCUGUUCCUUCCUGGAGAUGCUUCAACUGUCGCACUAGUUUAUUUUUCUGAGCUAAACCUCUCACCUUCACCGGCCUUUUAAGCACAGACCUUAGUUUUUUCUCUUUUUAUUUGUAUAAGUUGCUGUAUUCUUGUUGAGUUUGGGCAUUCAUUUUACUGGAAGUUGGGAUUUAUAUUAUUUUUCUCUGUUUUAAGCUGGAUGUGAGGGAAGCAAGGAAUAAAACGGAGGGUGAGGGAGGGGGAUAGAGAGAAAGAGAGAGAGAGAGAGAGGAGCCCAAGUGCUUCCCUCAUUCACUUUCGACUUGUUUUCUGAUGGUUGAACUCGAUUUGAUCCGCUUCCGCCAUUGACACCCGAAAAGGAGCCACCUUUCUUCUUUAAAUCUUCGAAGGUUGGAUUUUUCCAGCUGGGUUAGAUCCGGGGAGGCAAAACAAUGGAGGCUAAUGCCGGGCUGGUCGCUGGUUCUCACAAUAGAAACGAGCUCGUCGUUAUCCGUCGCGAUGGAGAGCCGGGACCAAAGCCAUUGGAGCAUCUCAGCGGUGAAAGAUGUCAUAUUUGUGGCGACGACGUUGGGCUCACCUUGGAUGGAGAUCUCUUCGUCGCCUGCAAUGAGUGUGCUUUCCCCAUUUGCUGCACCUGCUAUGAGUAUGAACGCAGAGAAGGAAGCCAGGUCUGUCCACAAUGCAAAACCAGGUUCAAGCGUCUUAAGGGUUGUGCUCGAGUUGCCGGAGAUGAAGAAGAGGAUGAUGUUGAUGAUCUUGAGAAUGAGUUCAAUUUUGUUGGGAGGGAAAAGAAGGAUGGGCAAUACCUUGCUGAGUUCAUGAUGCAGGGGCAUAUGAGCUAUGGCCGAGGAUUUGUAGAAAUACCUCAACCAUUUCAUCCCAUGCCUCAAAUUCCUUUACUCACCAAUGGCCAAAUGGUUGAUGAUAUCCCGCCAGAACAGCAUGCUCUUGUUCCUUCUUUCAUGGGAGGUGGAGGUAGGAGGAUCCACCCCCUUCCAUAUUUCGACCCCAGUCUUCCUGCACAGCCAAGAUCCAUGGAUCCUUCAAAGGAUCUUGCUGCAUAUGGUUACGGAAGCAUUGCUUGGAAGGAGAGAAUGAAGAAUUGGAAGCAGAAACAAGACCAGUUACAGAUGAGAAAUCAAAACGGUGCCAAGGAUUGGGAUAAUGAUGGUGAUGGGCCAUUAAUGGAUGAAGCACGCCAGCCGCUAUCGCGAAAACUUCCCAUAUCUUCUAGCCAAAUUAAUCCAUAUAGAAUGAUCAUCAUAAUACGGCUAGUUAUUGUUGGAUUUUUUUUUCAUUACCGGGUCACACAUCCCGUGCCGGAUGCCUAUGCAUUGUGGCUCAUCUCAGUUAUCUGUGAAAUUUGGUUUGCUGUUUCAUGGAUUCUUGAUCAGUUCCCAAAAUGGAUUCCAAUUGAGAGGGAGACUUACCUUGACAGAUUGUCAUUAAGGUAUGAUAAAGAAGGUCUACCUUCUCAACUGGACCCUAUUGACAUAUUUGUCAGUACUGUUGAUCCUAUGAAGGAACCUCCAUUGGUCACAGCAAACACAGUCCUCUCUAUCCUUGCUGUAGAUUAUCCAGUUGACAAAGUUUCUUGCUAUGUUUCCGAUGAUGGUGCUGCAAUGCUCACAUUCGAAGCAUUGUCCGAAACAUCAGAAUUUGCAAAAAAAUGGGUUCCAUUCUGCAAGAAAUUCAAAAUUGAGCCCAGAGCACCGGAGUGGUAUUUUCAACAGAAGAUGGACUAUUUGAAGGAUAAAGUUCUACCAUCAUUUGUUAAGGAGCGAAGAGCGAUGAAGAGAGAAUAUGAAGAAUUCAAAGUUCGAAUCAAUGCUUUGGUUGCGAAAGCUCAGAAGGUUCCUGAGGAGGGUUGGACAAUGCAGGAUGGGACCUUAUGGCCUGGAAAUAGUGUUCGAGAUCAUCCUGGAAUGAUUCAGGUCUUUUUGGGCCAAAGUGGUGGACAUGACAUGGAUGGAAAUGAGCUACCGCGCUUGGUUUAUGUCUCUAGAGAGAAGAGGCCAGGGUUCAAUCACCAUAAAAAGGCUGGUGCUAUGAAUGCUCUGGUUAGAGUAUCUGCUGUACUUACAAAUGCGCCUUAUUUGUUGAACUUGGAUUGUGACCACUACUUCAACAACAGUAAGGCUAUCAGAGAAGCAAUGUGUUUCAUGAUGGAUCCACUAGUUGGGAAGAGGGUGUGUUACGUACAAUUUCCACAGAGGUUUGAUGGUAUUGAUCGUCACGAUCGGUAUGCCAACCGAAACAUCGUGUUCUUUGAUAUAAACAUGAAAGGGCUUGAUGGGAUUCAAGGGCCAAUUUAUGUUGGAACUGGGUGUGUGUUCCGGCGACAAGCAUUCUAUGGUUUUGAUGCUCCCAAAGUGAAGAAACCACUUAGAAGAACUUGCAACUGCUUUCCGACUUGGUGCUGCUGCUUUGGGAGGACCAACAACAACAAGAAGAAGAAUUCAAAAACCAAGCAAGGAAAGAUGAUGAAAACUCCAAAGAUGGGAGAGAAUAGCACGCCUGCAUUAGCUUUGAUGGGAAUAGAGGAGGGAAUUGAAGGAAAUGAGAGUAAAAAACCAGCAAUUAUGUCAGAACAGAAGUUGGAGAAGAAGUUUGGGCAAUCACCAGUAUUUGUUGCCUCUACUAUAUUGGAGAAUGGAGGAACACUGAAAAAUGCUUCUCCUGCAUCACUCUUAAAGGAAGCUAUCCAUGUUAUUAGUUGUGGAUAUGAGGACAAAACUGACUGGGGAAAAGAGGUUGGAUGGAUCUACGGUUCCGUCACAGAAGAUAUCUUGACAGGAUUUAAGAUGCACUGUCAUGGCUGGCGUUCCAUCUAUUGCAUACCUCCUAGGCCUGCAUUCAAAGGCUCCGCUCCCCUCAAUCUAUCCGAUCGUCUCCACCAGGUCCUUAGGUGGGCUCUUGGUUCUGUAGAAAUUUUCUUUAGCAGGCACUGCCCAUUAUGGUAUGGUUAUGGCGGUGGGCUAAAGUGGCUCGAACGAUUUUCCUACAUAAAUGCAACUGUUUAUCCUUUUACGUCGAUUCCGCUAUUGGCUUACUGCUCCUUGCCUGCUGUUUGCUUGCUCACUGGAAAAUUCAUCACUCCUGAGCUGAGCAAUGUAGCCAGCUUGUGGUUUAUCUCCCUUUUCAUUAGCAUUUUUGCAACAAGUAUCCUUGAGAUGAGAUGGAGUGGCAUUGGUAUUGAUGACUGGUGGAGGAAUGAGCAGUUUUGGGUCAUUGGUGGUGUUUCUUCCCAUCUAUUUGCUGUGUUUCAGGGUCUUCUUAAAGUUCUGGCUGGUAUAGACACAAACUUUACUGUGACAUCAAAGGCAGGCGACGACGAAGAGUUUUCUGAACUCUAUACUUUCAAGUGGACUACGUUACUCAUCCCGCCGACGACAUUGCUUGUCAUAAACAUGAUUGGCGUUGUCGCUGGCGUUUCCAAUGCCAUAAACAAUGGAUAUGAAUCAUGGGGGCCUCUUUUUGGCAGGCUUUUCUUUGCCUUUUGGGUGAUUGUGCACUUAUAUCCUUUCCUUAAAGGUUUGGUAGGCAGGCAAAAUAGGACGCCGACGAUCAUAAUUGUGUGGUCCAUUCUUCUUGCUUCGAUCUUUUCGCUCUUGUGGGUUCGGAUUGAUCCGUUCCUGCCGAAAUCAGAUGGUCCAGUGCUGGAGGAGUGUGGGUUGGACUGCAACUGAGCACUGAUAUUGUUAUUUCUGUAGAUAGAAAACAUGAGGGAGUGCUGCAAUUUUUGUUAUUUUAUUGGUUUUACUGGGAAGUCUUGCUCUUUGCUCUGGUUAACUGGACCAGGAGAAGAUUGGGCUCACCAUGUGUAGUUUGUUCUUUGGAUUAUGGAUGGAUGCUGAGGAGUUUGAUUCUUUAUUUAGUUUUGGAGAGAGAUGGGACAAUUAUGAGAUAUCAAUGUGGCUCAUGUGUACCUUUGUAGUUGAUAAUCUCAGCAUUAAUUCUUUGAAAUAAUGGCAAGCCUUGCAACUGCCUGCCACAUAUAUAAAUUCACUAGCUGUAGUCAUGCAUCAGCAUACAUCUGUUUUCCAAAGGGUCUUUUGGAGUAGCUUUUUUACUGCCUUGCUUUUCA